AUGUUUUAUUCGGGUAUCCUGACAGAGCCAAGUAGAAAAGAAGUGGAGAUAAGGGAAGCAGCAUCUCUCCGCCAGCAGAGGAGGGUGAAGCAGGCGGUUCAGUUUAUUCACAAGGAUUCUGCAGAUCUCCUCCCUCUGGAUGGGCUGAAGAAGCUGGGGACUUCAAAAGAUACUCAACCACAUAAUAUCCUGCAGAAGCGCCUGAUGGAGACAAAUUUAUCAAAAUUACGAAGCAGCUGGACUCCGAAGAGUGAUAUCUCAGCACAGACCAACAAGCUGAAUCAAACCAAAUUGGGCAGCUCAGGGAAAACGGAGGAUGAGGAACUCAUAGUUGUGAGUUGCCAGUGUGCAGGGAAGGAGCUGAAGGCCGUGGUGGACACUGGCUCACAGCACAACCUCAUGUCGUCUGCCUGCCUGGACAGGCUAGGGUUAAAGGAGCACCUCAAAGCACUCCCUGGCGAAGACGAGAUGGUUUCAUUGCCAUACAAGGUGAAGGCGAUCGGCCAGAUCGAGUGCCUCGCCCUCACAGUGGGAGCUGUCCCCGUGGAGUGCGCUGCCCUCGUCGUGGAAGACAAUGAGAAACCCUUCUCCUUUGGGCUGAAGACACUGAAAUCUCUGAAGUGCGUCAUAAACAUGGAGAAGCACCAUCUCGUUCUGGGGAAGACGGACAGGGAAGAAAUCCCGUUUGUGGGCAGUGGCAGUGCUGCGACGGGAGAGCAGUAA